AUGGAUCCACGUGGAUUUGAAAUGAUUCAGCCACCACCAGAGUGCGUGAAGGAAAUGAAAUUGCAGGCAGAACGAGAUCUAAAAGAAUCAGCCACACUGAUAAAAACACCUGAAGUAGGCAUAGCACAUGUCAUAAACUUUGAAGGCUACAGUGACUUCUCUAAACUGAGUAGAAUAACUGCCUAUGUCAUACGCUUUGUGAAUACCAUUAAGGCACGGUCUUCAAAGCCUGUUUGUCCUGUUGGUUCUGGAAGUCUUAACAGUGAAGAAGUGUUGUUCAGUGAAUCAUUGUGGAUAUUGGAGUCUCAGAAGUCUUUGCUGCUGAAUCGAAAUUUCAAACAACAGUGUGCUUGGUAGGGAGUAAUCAGGGACACGAAGGAAUCUUGAGGUGCAAGGGAAGACACUGCAACUCGUCUCUACCGGAAUCAGCUAAGUUUCCCUCAUGGUUGCCAUGUGAUCACCAUAUCACAAGGCUCACAAGCAGAGACUCACGUCAAGGGGAGCAGUCUUCCGCAUUGGACAUAAGGGAAAGAGUUCAUAUCUACGGCGUCCUCUACAACGCUUGUUUCCCUUGAAAUUCUAGAUGAUGUUAAGAAGGAACCGGAGAGCUCCACUGAAGACGUCACCAGCGUACUGAAAGAAGGGAACCCAGAACCUGUCCAAGCAACCUGUCCUUUGCGACCAUGGAGACAGGCCGCUCGAGCAGGUGAAGAAAGGAGGAGACUACCAACCAAUGCUUAG